AUGACUGGAGGAGCAUUCUUCGCACCCACAGGAGGAGAUGAGGAAUAUGAUCUGGACGAGCAAGGAAAUGAGCGACAUUCAGUCCAGUGGAUAGGGACUGCUCAUGUAAAGGGACCGAAAUGGGCCAGACUACCUUUGUUGACAGUUGGGAUGUUGGGUAUACAGUGCGUCUGGUCAAUAGAAAUGGGAUAUGCUUCACCUUAUUUACUUGAAUUGGGACUAUCGAAAUCUUUCAUGUCAUUGGUCUUUAUGGCAGGACCAUUAUCGGGAUUGAUUGUACAACCGUUGAUUGGUAUAUUCGCCGAUCGAUCACGUUCACCCUUAGGUAGGAGAAGACCGUUCAUGUUGAUUGGAUGUGCGAUCUGCGUGUUCGCCAUGAUGCUCUUAGGUUGGACAAGAGAAUUGUCAAGUUUGGUUGGGGGUGGGAAAUGGUUAUCCAUCGCACUGGCCGUCUGGUCAAUAUAUCUCAUUGAUUUCAGUAUAAAUGCUGUCAUGUCAACGGAUAGAGCAUUGGUAGUGGAUACGCUACCUCCAAGAGAACAGGAAGAAGGAAGUGCUUGGGCUGGAAGGAUGUUUGGAUUUGGAAGUGUAGCUGGGUUCUUCGUGGGGAAUCUGGACCUACCACCUGUAUUACCUUUCUUGGGAAAAUCACAAUUGCAAAUCCUGUCUUUCAUGACCAGCGCGAUUCUCAUGAUAAGCCAUACAUUCACUUCAUGGGCUGUAUCAGAGAGAGUGCUACUCAGAGAUGACCGUCCACAAUCUAAAAGCAAUCUGAAAGCCAACCUGAAGUCAAUAUGGGAUAAUAUGUUCUCCCUUCCACCAGGUAUAAGAACGAUAUGCUUUGUCCAGUUCUUUGCAUCACUCGGCUGGUUCCCAAUCUUGUUCUUCACCACAGUAUGGGUAUCAGAGAUAUACAAGCAAUCUGUGCCAUUUGAAGAAGGAAUGGAUGAAGUUACUUUCGCAAAUGAUGCGGUUAGAUCAGGAUCAAGGGCAUUACUCUUACAAGCAUGCGUGAAUAUUGUGACUUCAAUUGGUUUCCCAUUCUUAGUAUCGGAAUCUGGUGUUCAACCAGAAUCAAAUCAUGCUUAUGCCUCUUUGAAUGGAGAGAGUCAUGGUCCAAGUAUGCCGUCAAAUCCACCCAGUUCGGCAAUCUGGAAGAGAGCAAAAGAGGAGAUACAGUCAGGUGGUAUAAUCAAGAAGACAUUAGGAUGGUUCAUUGGUUUGUUUCAAAGUGUGAAAGAUGGAAAUGCAUGGGUCUUACCGAUAAAAGGAUUGACUUUGAUUAAAGUUUGGUAUAUAAGCCAAUUCGUCUUUGCUGGUGCGAUGGCUGCUAGUUGGUUUGUGACAACGGUUACUGGAGCGUAUACAGUGAUUGCUGUCACCGGGUUCUGUUGGGCUUUAUCGCAAUGGGCACCAUAUUCACUGCUCGGUGAACUCAUCCUUAUAGACGGAACUAUAGAUCGAUCUCAACCACUGAGCAUAAUACAGUCUCGUCCCUCAGUCGAUAUACGUCAUUCAUUCUCUGCUCAACGGCAUUACUCUUUGGACGGCAUCAACGAUGGAGGCGAAGCGUCACUCCAAUCAAACCAAUUCGUGAUACACGAUGAGGACGAGGAUGAACCUUCCGAAAAACCUCUGAGCGUGACUGAUCAAGAGAAGCCCACAAAAUCGACAGGUGGAUUAUCACCUCUGAUCAUCCAGGGUGAAUCCACUCAGGAACAAGAAUUAGGUUCGACAGUCAUUCUUCGACAUUCAGAUGAAUAUUCAAGUACCAAUUCAGAAGCUGAAGACGAUGAAGAAGAACCUAAGAGACAUUCUACAUCUAUUACAAUCAAUAGACCAAUGACACCGUCACCUACUUCACCGAGAAUACCUUCACCGGAAAAAGGGACUUCCACAGCUGAUAAAGCAGGUGUAAUACUAGGUAUACAUAAUGUUUUCUUAGUAUUACCUCAAUUCGUAGUGACUUUCCUAUCAUCGAUUAUAUUUUACUUGAUGGAACCGGAAAAAGGAUUACCUGCACAUCAUCCACAGACGACUAUACCCUUACCAGGUAAUAUAACGGAAUCAAUAACGGAUUCACCAUUGGGUGAAGCGGUAAGUGAGAUAGGAGAAGAAAUGGUCAAGAGAUUUAUAAAUGGAAGGGCAGAAGCUAUAGGAAGUGAUAACAGUUCUCCAGAUGCAGUAGGUCUGAUAUUUAGAAUAGGUGGUGUAAGCGCUGCGAUCGGUGGGUAUAUCUGCUAUAGGUUAAGUAGGGAUUGGGCAAGAGGUAAAGGUAUAUAG